GGACUUGAGAGUAUCUUCUACCAUCAUCUUUAACUCCACCGCCUCCUACACCUCCUACUAGCUUAACCCCACCUCAAGCUCACCUCCAUCGCGAGCUCACCAUGUCUGAAACCGCCUUUGCCCAGACCUUCCUCGGGUCGCUCCAGUCGCGACCUCUCCGACUCUCUGCCGACCAUGUCGAAGAUCCCAAGACCUUCCCGGCUCGGCCACCUUACAUCAUCCCCCGCAUGCCCAAGGCCAUGAGCAAGCCCACCCACCUCGCUCCCGGCUCCGAGCGAAGCGUCACCGUCUCCCUCAAGUCCUUGCGCAACCCUCCUCUGAGCAUCAAGCUCACCUCGCAGCCCCUCGACACGUCGGUCCUGGACAUUAAGAGCAGUGUCCAGAAGCAGACCAGGAUACCCGUCGCAAAGAUGAAGUUGCUACACAACAAGAAGCCCGUGCCGGAUAGCAAGAUCCUCAAGGACCUCCUAGGGGAUACGGACAUGUCUAUCGAGUUUACGGUCAUGGUCAUUGGUGGAGCCGCUGCCAUCCCCCCUGAGGAGCCCGAGGCCGCUCCUGAGGUGCUGCCUACAGGCAAGGACGCAUUGGAAACGGAAGAGUUCUGGAGCGACCUCAAGGGAUUCUUGAUGCAGCGACUAAAGGAUGAGGCUCAGGCAGAGGAGCUAUCCGGUCUCUUUAAAUCGAGUUGGCAGUCUAGCCAAGCAAGUCCAUGAUAUCUCUCGGAGCGCAGACAUGAUAGACGACACGAUAGAUGAAAAAUGGCAAUAAUUCCACAUACCAG